AUGGAGGAAGAAGAGCGGCCUAGGAAGAUCCAAAAGGUGGAUGUGACAGAGGCUCAUGAGUCCGAACCGCUCAUGACCGGCGCAAUUGAAAGCCCGCAAGACGAUUCCUCCAAACACAACGAUGCGACGCAUGAGAUCCCUGCUGCGACCACAGAGAAGGAGUCGGAAACUCCAACCCCUGGCCCAGAUGGGUCUGAACCUACCACACAGAAGUUAUCAAAGAGACAGAUGAGAAGGCAAGCGCGGCGGGAACAAUGGGAAGCGGAACGAGAGUCGCGCAAGGUCAUUCGCAGGCAAAGGGCUGCAGAUAAAAAAAACCGAAAACGCGCAGUCUGGGACGAAGCAAAUAAACAGGGCAAAAAUCCGUCAGAAGAGGUGCGAAAGCUGUUCCCAAAGAUCGAGCGACCCCGAAAGCCAACUAGACUUCCACUUACUCUGGUUAUCGAUUGUGGAUUCGAUGACCUUAUGAUGGAAAAAGAGAGAAUUUCCCUGGGCCAACAACUUACCCGAGCAUACUCGGAGAAUAACAAAUCACCAUAUAAUGCUCAUAUGGUCAUGUCAUCUUUCGAUAAAUUGUUGAAAGAGCGUUUCGAAACAGUCCUCAACAGUACCCAUGAGAGUUGGCGGGGAGUUCGCUUCUUAACAGAGGAUUGGUUUCAUGCUGCGAACCAGGCGGCCGAGUUAAUGCAAGGGCCGCAGGGUGGGGAAUUGGGUGGACCGUUCGCAGACAAAGCUGAUGCGAAACCGGAAGAUGGAGAAAUUGUAUACCUCUCCAGUGACAGCUCGGAAACACUGACCGAACUCAAACCGUACAGCACUUAUAUCAUCGGCGGCCUAGUGGACAAGAAUCGGCACAAGGGGAUCUGCCACAAGCGAGCAAUUGAGAUGGGCAUCAAAACCGCGAAGCUACCGAUUGGAAGUUAUAUUCAGAUGGCUUCGCGCCCGGUCUUAGCGACGAAUCAUGUCGUGGAAAUUAUGGUUCGCUGGCUACAAUUAGGGGACUGGGGAGAGGCAUUUAUGCAGACACUGCCGCCACGGAAAGGGGGUGUUUUGAGGAACAGUGAAAAAGAUCAGGGAGAUUCGACGCCACAUGAUGACAACGGCGAACCGUGUAGUGAGGAAGAAGCUGCGCCUGAGACAGUUGAAACUGCCGAAGCCAAUAGUAAUGACGCCGCUGAGAGUCACAACCAAGCUGAAUAA